GUUUAUAGUUAAUUAUUCCUAUUUUUUUUUUUUAUUAUUUUGGGACCUACUUGUGGCGAUAUUCAGGGCGGAUUCUGGCGAGAGUCCCAUCAACCCGGAUCCAUUUACCCAUUAAAUCAACCCGGAUCCAUUUACCCGGAUUCAGGGCAAAAGUAGGGUUCGGCGGGGCUCGUUCCGACUCUCCUCUCUUGCUCUCUCUCACUCCCGAUUUGUUUUCCCCCAAAUUUGUUAUUCGAAAAUUAACUAGGGUUGUGGUUUCGAUCACUCCCGAACACUAUUUAGGGUUUCGCUUUAGAAUUUACCCAUUAAAUCACUUGUAUUAUUGGAAUUUGGAAAUCUACUGUUGUUCGAUCAUGUUCUCGAGAAUCUCGCGACUUGGGGUGCGGAUUUUGAACGAGGCAAGAGUUGGUCAGUAUCCUGUAACUAACAGAGGCUAUUGCAGAGACCAUGUCUGCCGUUUGUUUAACACUGUGAGGAAUCUUCCCUUCUCUACAACGACAAAUGAGAAAGCGCACACCGAAGGAAGUGAACCAAAAGACAAGAUAUCUGUGACAUUUGUCGAUAAGGAUGGUGAGGAAACACAAAUUAAAGUUCCUAUUGGAAUGUCAAUGUUAGAAGCUGCUCAUGAGAAUGACAUAGAACUUGAAGGAGCAUGUGAGGGCUCACUUGCGUGUUCUACAUGCCAUAUAAUUAUUACGGAUGUUGCAUACUACAACAAGUUAGAAGACCCUACAGAUGAGGAAAAUGAUAUGCUGGACCUCGCAUUUGGGCUUAGCGAGACGUCUCGCCUUGGCUGUCAAAUUAUUGCAAAGCCUGAACUUGAUGGCAUACGCUUAGCAUUACCAGUAGCCACCAGAAACUUUGCUGUUGAUGGGUAUGUACCGAAACCACAUUGAAUAAGAUGCCAUAGUAUCUGAGCCAAAAAAUUGCUUCCUCGCUCAAUUUUGUAGCAUGUGAUAAGUCGUUGUUUUUUGCCCCCUGUUCCCUCCAAAUUGUUACCAUUCAAAUCAACUUAGUAUGUUGUAUAAUUUUUUUUAUUUAUUGAGAGAUCCACAGGAGAAAAUUUUGUUUUUACUUCAAUUUCACUUGAUUGGUGUAACGGGA